GGAAUUUUGUAGGUUAUAUUUUGAAAAACAUGUUCAUUUUUUAACACAAUUUGUCUGUUUUUAAAUAACUAAAUCCAAAUAAAUAAUACACAAAAAUAAUGGCCGUAGAAUAUAAAACUCUUCACCCCCAAAAGUAUUACAAUUAUUACUUAGCUAAUAAUAUAAGACCAGAUGGAAGGGAAUUCGAUAAAUACAGACCUAUUGUGCUUAAUGUUAACUCUGUAGAAACAGCUGAUGGCUCAGCUAUUUGUAAAAUUGGUCAAACUACAGUAAUUUGUGGAAUUAAAGCUGAAUUUUGCAGACCCAAAGCAGAAACCCCAAAUGAAGGCUUCAUCGUCCCAAAUUUGGAAUUACCGCCAUUAUGUUCACCAAAAUUUAAACCAGGGCCACCAAGUGACCAGGCACAAGUUUUAUCACAAUUAAUAGCAGAUAUAAUUAAAAAUUCGAAUUGUGUGGAUUUAAAAGAUUUGUGCCUUCAUCCAGACAAAUUAGCAUGGUGUUUAUUUAUUGAUUUUAUUUGCCUUGAUUUUGAUGGUGCAAUAAUAGAUGCGUGUAUUAUAGCUUUGAUGGGUGCCUUGAAAACAGUUACACUACCCACAGUAGACUAUGAUGCUGCAUUAGAUAAUAAAUUAGUAAAUAUUGAAGAAAGGCAUCCCUUAAAAAUUUAUUCAACUCCAGUUUCCACAACAUAUAUUAUUUUUGAUGAUAAAUAUAUUUUGACGGACCCAACAGUUGAAGAGGAAAACUUGUGCAGUGGUUUGGUUACAAUAGUUCUAAAUGCAGAUGAAGUCUGCUGUGUCCAUAAACCUGGAGGUACUGCUUUGAAUGAAGGCCAGUUAUUUGACUGUAUACAAAAAAGUAAAAAAAGAUCCAAAUACAUUAAUGAAUUAAUUGUUUCAGCUGUAAAGGCUUUAAAUUAAAAAAUGAUUAAUAUUUAAAAAGAUUUAAUAACUCUAAUAAAAU